CUCGCUUUCCAGGCGUGAUACGCUACUAGCCCUUUUGCCAAACAACUAAACCUCUCCUGCCGUAUAAGUUGACUUAUACACACACGACGACGACUACACAUCUCGCCCCCCCUCCAUCGCACCUCAGCCUCCACCGCCACACAUAAGAUGUACCCCCUGGGCAUCACCAAGGCCCCCGGCCUGACCUCCUUCCUCCUCCUCCUCCUCCUCUUCUCCGCGUCCUUUUCCUCCACCGCCGCAAAGGUCAUCGUCAUCAAUGUCGGCCAGGGUGGACGCUUCGCCUUCUCGCCCGACAACAUCAAGGCCGCGCCCGGCGACCACGUCGAGUUCCACUUCUUCGGCGAGCACACGGCCGUCUCCGCCGCCUUCAGCAAGCCCUGCAGCCCAGCCUCGACCAGCGGCGGCGGCGGCUUCUUUUCCGGCGACAUGAAGAACAAGGGCAUCUUCACCAUCACCGUCAACAACACGGACCCCACCUUCUUCUACUGCGCCAUCGAUGGCCACUGCCAGGCCGGCAUGGUCGGCGUCAUCAACGAGGGCCCCGUCGACAAGCUCCCCGCCUUCAAGUCCGCCGCCGCAAAGACCGACAGCAGCAGCGCCCCGACCGCCGCCGGCCCCUACGGCGGCACGAACGGUCCCGCACCUAACAGUGGCGGCUCUUCCUCUUCAUCAUCCUCUGCCUCAUCCGCAUCCACCAGCGCCGCUGCCGGUCAGACGACGACGAAGGCGACGACGAGCGGCACGGGCUCCGGCACGUCCGCCGCCUCGCCCACCACUACCAGCAGCAGCGGCAGCCAGCACGGCGGUGCCGGCCAGCAGCUGACCGGUGCCGUCGCUGGGGUCGGUGGGCUCGCCUUAGUGGUCGCUGCGUUGGUCGCCGCGUAGGGUUCAGGGGGGAGGGGGAAAGGCGAGCGUGAGCAUGCGCAUUAGCAAUACGAGAGCUAGUUCCCCGUGAAGGAGCAAGUGGCUCCAUGGAUUCGGAUCGUAAUCAACAACUUCAACUUUCGUUCAAGCUAUACCUGCCUGUCUGCAAUGCGAUAUGCGCAGAUACCUGGUUCGUAAACCAGUGAUAUAAACCCCAGAGGGUCCCAACCCCAAACUACCUUUGAUUCUGGACGCAUGAUGCAACCCUAAUGUGGACCGUUGGGUCAUUGAUCGUCUGCAC